AUGGCCUUGGAGCGCAAAGAUUUGGAGAACAUGCCAUUUACUGUGAAAGACUUACAACAUGAAGUGUACAAAGCUAGGCGUUUAAAGAUGAUUGGUGGGGAUUCAGCUGCGAUGAUGUCGUACUUCCAGCACAUGCAUGCUACAAGCAACAAUUUUUAUCAUGCUGAACGCGUUGAUGAUGAAGGAUGGUUGCAAGAUGUGUUUUCGGUUGAUGGUCGUAGUCGAGUUGCAUAUGAGGAGUUUGGAGAUGUGGUGUGUUUUGAUGCUACCUACCUAACUAAUGAAUAUGAGCUCCCAUUUACAAAUUUUGUAGGAGUUAACCACCACGGACAGUCCAUACUCUUGGGAUGUGCACUUGUGUCACGGGAAGAUUGUGACACUUUUCAGUGGAUUUUUAAGCAAUGGUUGUGCAGUAUGAAUAAUCGUGCAUCGCUUGCAAUAUUGACAGACCAAGCUGCUGCAAUGCGAAAGCCACUUGAGGAGGUCAUGCCCAAUACGCGACAUCGAUGGUGCAUUUGGCAUAUUAUGCGGAAGAUCCCGGAGAUAUUAGGGAGUUGUAAAAGGUACAAGGACUUUAAAAGUGUGUUAAAAAGAAUUGUGUAUGAGAGUUUCACUAUCAUGGAGUUUGAAAGUCGAUGCUUCUUUGAUGGAUUUGUGAACCGCAACACAAAGCUAUUCAAGUUUCCUCUUAAGUACUCGAAGGCGCUUCAGAAACGAGCAAGAGAUGAGGCAUAUUCAGAUGCUAAUUGCUCUAAGUAUUUGAGAAGAUUGGUUAGUGGGUUUGCGGUUGAGAAAAUAUUUCAGAAACUAUACACUGACGCUAAGUUUCAAGAACUUCAAAAGGAAUGUGCUCGAAUGAUGUAUUGUAUUUGUGUGGAAGAGAGGUUUACUGAGGAGACUAUUAUUCAGUAUAUUUUGGAGGAUCGAGUUUGGGUUGUCCCUAAAGGAUCAAGCGAAGGGUUGCUUACAGAUCAGCGGAGGUUCUACUCUGCAACAUUCAACACUCUCACUAAAGAUGUUAUCUGUGAUUGUCGCAAAUUCCAAACGGAUGGCAUAAUGUGCAGGCACAUGAUACGGGUACUCGAUCAAAACCAUGUAGCUGACAUUCCAGACAAGUACAUUGUUAGACGUUGGCGAAAGGACAUUGCUCGGAAACACACCCGUGUAAAGGUUGCCUAUCAUGACCCAUCUGAGACCAUCGAGGUGCACAGGUACAACCGUUUGAUGGUUGCCUUUGAAUCCCUUUGCGACGAGGCUGUCACUAUAAGUGAUAACAUCGUAAACUUAGUUCUGGAUAAAAUUAAUAACAUGCGUCAGGAAGUGGGAGGGAGGAAGCGCAAGAGCCUUGAGGAAGCCGGUGCAGAAUCAUACACAGCAGAUGUGAACAUGUCAAAUGCCCCCCCUUCCACUAGACCCAUUGUACUCUAG